CCCCGGAGGCUACUUCGAGGCCCCUUUCAGCUUUGGGCUGAAUCACCGAGCACCACCCUACCCCGCCGGGGACUGCUGCCUCCUGUGCAGAAGCGAGCGGAAGGACCCCUCGUUCCUGGAGAGCGGGGUGAAGGCCUCCAGCAAGCUGGCGCUCGCCAAGGGCAGCGGUGCCCUGCACCUGCCACUGUGGGUGUGCCCGGGCUGCCGGCGCACGGUGGAGAAGGAAGAGCGGCUGGGCAGCCUGGACCCGCCGGCGGGCCAAGACUUCCUCCUCCACUCCCCUCUGGGCAGCGCGCAGCCGGAGGCCGGAGGGAGGCUGGCGCUCGGGGCACCCACGCUGCCCUCAGCUGGCCUGGGCAGCCCCACAGACACAGCCUGCGCGUGUGAGGCCUGCAGCGAGCGCAGGGAGAGCCCGGCCGAGCCGGACCGGGAGCCCCAGCAGCUGCAGAACUACUGGUCUGAGGUGCGCUACACGGUCCGCUGCAUCUACCGGCAAGCGGGGACCCCGCUGGCCGAUGACCAGGACCAGCCCCUUGUGCCCGACAAGGAGGGGGUGAAGGCACUCGUGGACAGGCUCUGCGAGCAGGACCCCUACCAGCUGUACCAGCGGCUGGAGCAGCAGGCCCGAGAGUACGUGCUGGAGAUGAAGGUACGGCUCCUGCAUCAGCUGUCGGCAGCGUCCAGGGUGAAGGCGCCCACGGGCCUGCAGGGCCCCCCGCAGGCGCACCAGUUCAUCUCCCUGCUCCUGGAGGAGUACGGCGCCCUGUGCCAAGCGGCGCGCACCAUCAGUACCUUCCUGGGCACCCUGGAGAACGAGCACCUCAAGAAGUUCCAGGUGACGUGGGAGCUGCACAACAAGCACCUGUUUGAGAACCUGGUCUUCUCGGAGCCUCUUCUCCAGAGCAACCUGCCGGCGCUGGUGUCGCAGAUCAGGCUGGGGAGCUCUGCACGGGACGCCCGCAGCGAGGAUGCCUACAGUGCGCUGCUGCGGCGCUUCCAACACUCAGAGGAGGAGCUGCGCAGGGUGGCCGAGGAGUGGCUGCGGUGCCAGCAGCGGAUCGACGCCUACGUGGACGAGCAGAUGACAGAGAAGACGAAGCAGCGCCUGCUGACGGGAGACUGGGAGCUGCUCAGACAGCGGCGGCUCCUCGAGGAGCAGCUGACCAGCAAGAAGGCGGUGGCCACGGAGAACAACUUCACGGACGCCAUGCGGCACGUGCUGUCCUCCCGGCUGAGCCUGCCCGACUGCCCCAACUGCAGCUACCGGAGAAGAUGUGCCUGCGACGACUGCAGCCUCUCACACAUCCUCACCUGCGGCAUCGUGGAACCCCCCGUCGCCGGCGACGUCCACGCCCACCAGCUGCCCCUGCACGUGGACGCCCCUCCCGACCGCCUCUCGGAGAUGCGGCCGCCUAGCACGUCGCCGGCGAGCUCAGGCUCAGGCUCUAGCUCCCCACUCGCAGCCCAGCCACACCCCCGGCUGCUCCUCCCGGGUGGGGGCUCUGCGCCGGCCUUCUGUAGUGACGACGAAGACGUUGCUCCGCUGUCAGCGAAGUUUGCCGACAUUUACCCGCUCAGUAGCUACGACGAUGCGGGCGUGGCGGCCGGCAUGAACGGGGCGCACAGCAGCUUGAACGGGGCCGGCGAGAACCUGGCCCUGAAGGACGAGUCCCCUCAGGUGAGCAGUACCAGCAGCAGCUCUUCGGACGCUGACGACGAAGAUGCAGACGGCGAGAGCGGGGGCGAGCCGGUGGGUGCCCUGCAGGAAGCUGGCGUCCCACUGGGGGACGGGAGCCCCGGGAAAGAGGACAGCAAAGGGGACAGCCCGCCUCCGUCAUACCCGGCCCAGCAGGCUGAACAAGCUCCCAGCACCUGUGAGUGUCACGUCUGUAAACAGGAAGCUUCUGGACUGUCCACUUCAGCGAUGACCGCUGGGGCGCUUCCUCCUGGCCAUCAGUUUGUGAGCCCAGAGAAGCCCACACACCCUGCUCUGCACCUGUACCCCCACAUCCACGGACAUGUGCCUUUGCACGCGGUUCCACACCUGCCCCGUCCUCUCAUCCACCCCACCUUGUACACGGCACCCCCCUUCACACACAGCAAGGCUUUACCGCCAGCACCUGUUCAGAAUCACACAAACAAGCAUCAGGUAUUCAGUGCGUCUCUUCAGGACCAUAUUUACCCGAGCUGUUUCGGGAGCACGCCAGAGUGGAAUAGUUCUAAGUUUAUAAGUCUGUGGGGCGCGCAAGUGAUGAAUGAUAAGGACUGGAAUCCUGGCACUUUCCUGCCAGACACAGUUUCUGGGAGUGACGUAUUAGGGCCAACUCUCUCAGAAACGAGACCUGAAGCCCUCCCACCUCCGUCUAGCAAUGAAACGCCUGCAGAGAGUAAAGAGAAAAAAAACACUGCGAGAAAGAAAUGUUUGUACAAUUUCCAAGACGCUUUCACGGAAGCCAGCAAGGUCGUGAUGGCCACCUCCUCAGCCACCUCCUCCGUCUCCUGCACGGCCACCACGGUGCAGUCCAGCAACAGCCAGUUCAGAGUGUCGUCCAAGAGGCCGCCCUCCGUAGGGGACGUCUUCCACAGCAUCAGUAAGGAGGACCACAGACACGCCGUGCCCGCUGCCCCCAGGAGCAGUCCCACCGGCCUGGCCCCGCUGCCCGCCCUCGCGCCCGCCCCCACGCCCCACCUGGGAAACCUCCCAGCCCCGGCGUUCCCCAAGACGGCCACCACGGCGCCGGGCUUCGUGGAGCCGCGCAAGAGCUUCUGCCCCGGCCCUGCGGCCCCCCCGCCCCCCAGCACGGACGGCUCCGUGAGCGCACCCCCCAGCGUCUGCAGCGACCCCGACUGCGGAGGGCACCGCUGUGAGAACGGCACCUACGACCCGCAGCAGGACGACGGGGACGAGAGCGGGGACGAGGACAGCUGCUCCGAGCACAGCUCCAGCACCUCCACGUCCACCAACCAGAAGGAGGGCAAGUACUGCGACUGCUGCUACUGCGAGUUCUUCGGGCACGGCGGGCCUCCAGCCGCGCCGACCAGCAGGAAUUACGCGGAAAUGCGGGAGAAGCUCCGGCUCCGGCUGACCAAGCGGAAGGAAGAGCAGCCCAAGAAGGCGGGCCCGCUGUCGGAGCGGGAGGGUCUGGAGGACCACCGCAGGGUGGAGGACCUGCUGCGCUUCAUCAACAGCUCCGAGCCCAAGCCCGUGAGCAGCGCGCGCGCCGCCAAGCGCGCCCGGCACAAGCAGAGGAAGCUGGAGGAAAAAGCGCGCCUGGAGGCAGAGGCCAGGGCCCGGGAGCACCUGCACCUGCGGGAAGAGCAGCGCCGGCGGGAGGAGGAGGAGGAGGAGGAGCGGCUCAAGGAGGAACUCAGGCGGCUUCAGGAGCUUCAAAAGCUACGAGCUGCGAAGAAGAAGAAGAAAGAGAGGCCGCGUAAAGACUGCCCCAAGUUGGACAUACUUGCUAGAAGUUUCCAGGCAGCAACAGAAUCUGCGCCUAGCUCUGAGAACUUCCACAACGGCUCCCUGGAGCAGGCUGAGGAGCCAGAGGCCUCACCACACUCCCCUUCCAGACACGCGGACCACACGGAGCCCAGGCCCGGGCCAGGUGCUGAUGGGGGCACCGCUGACCUUGGGGCCCGGGACUCCGUGCUGCUCCCCUCGAAGGGGGCUGGCGGGAAGCCGCAGGAGCCACUGUCCUUCUUCCUCGACACCAUGCAGCCCCACGCGGCGGGGGCCGGCGGGCAGGAGGAGAAGCCGCACCGGCAGAGCAGUGGGGAGCUGAUGCGGAAGCCUGCAGAGCCGCCCCGGCCCGCCGAGCCCCAGCCCCGGCUCCGGCCCGAACCCAGGCCCGAACCCAAGGCCCGCGGGGACCUCCCCUCCCUGGCGGAGCAGAGGAGGGAGGAGAGAAAGGCCAACAGCAACAACAACAACAAAAAGCAGCUGAACCCUGUCCCCUCAGAGCCCGGCCCCCCCGGCGAGCCCCAGGGCAGCACUCUGGUGCCCGCAGACUCCCCCCAGCCCAAGGGCAGGAACAAGAAAAACAAGAAGAAGAAAGGAGACAGGGCCGGCAGCUCCCUUGAUGAUGUCUUUCUGCCCAAAGAUAUCGACCUGGACAGCGUGGACAUGGACGAGACAGAGCGGGAGGUGGAGUACUUCAAAAGAUUCUGCCUGGAUUCCGCCAGACAGACCCGACAGAGACUGUCCAUCAACUGGUCCAAUUUUAGUUUGAAAAAAGCCACCUUUGCUGCCCACUGAACCAGGACCGCCGGAGAGGGCGUGGGGCGGGCCAGGCCCGGGGGCCUGCGCCCAGCCGUGCGGGACGGGCCGAGACCCCGGCGGAGAUCCUGCUGCUGGACCUGCCUUGUAGCUCACGUGUGUCCCGCCCCCCCGAGGGACACGUCCUGUCGUGGCCUGUGCUGUCGGGCUGGACCGGGGCCCGCCCCGCUGCUCGGCUGCUCCCGUGUGCCCGGGCAUGGCCGGCCACCUGGCGCCCGGCCCGCACCCACCACGGCGCCCGGCGGCCUCCCGUGCUCCUCCACGACCUCCUGUCCAGAGUGUACCGUCGCGCCGUGUGUGUCUGCCCCCUGACUAGUAGCCGGCUUGUGGAAGACCCUUGCAGAACGAGAAGUUCAGAAACAAACCCACCCCGUACUCACCGUCGAGUCUGUUCGCGCGUGCGGCUGUAUUAACACGGAGGCCUGCCCGGCUACUUUUUUAACAUAUUGUUAAGUGAUAUUAAAAUCAUGUCUUUCUUUUUGAAAGAUGGAAUACAUUAGUAGCAGAAGACCUGGUCUGGCUGCUUUCUGCCGGGGGGCCGGCCACCAUCCCAGGAUCCCGGGUGCCACGCCUUGUGGGGCCUCCUGCGCCAGCAGGCUGGACCCGGCCCCAGUGCGAAGUGGCGGAGGAGCCGCAGGUUUCGGAUGACGAGCCAGGAGACGGCCUUAGUUCCCGUGCGUCAGACCGGUGCCUCUCAGAUGUUCCGGAGAAGUCACAAGUGACGUCUUCUGGGCCAACACAUUUGUGAAGAGAUUUUACAUUAGUUUUAAGUUAUUUAAUGGACCUGGAGCUAUUCGCAGCUUCUCUCUCUCUCGUCAUUGUGCUUCUCAAUAACAGUCUGGACAGAAGCAUCCUCACCCGCAUGCUCCAGCUGCAGAAGGCAGGGACCAACAGAGGACACAGUGUCACCAACCGUGGCUGUCACGUGCAGGGAGAAGCAAGUCAGCCUUGGAGACCGAGGGCGCAGCGCUCAGCCGCGUGUUCAUCUGGCAGAGAAGAGGAGCGGAGACCCGGGAAAGGACUGGGUGCUGGUGCCACCUCCCGGGCGCCGCCCUCCACAGUUCCUGUGCCCGAGCUUCCCAGCCGCAGGCAUCGCAGGAACGGGAAACGCCACCCAUGGGCACCUUAGAGUGCCCUGGCUGGGUCCCACAGCCACCAGGGCCUGGCGCGAACAGAGUUCCUCUGUCCCGGGCCCGCGGCACAGGCAUGCCCACGCACAAGCUGCUCCCCUCCCAGCGGUGGGCACGCCCAGCUGAGAGGGUCUGGAGUCAUGCGUCCGAGCCCGGAACUCCGCAUGGAGCAGCCCGGGGCCUGGGCGCCCAGAUGCCACUGCUGAGAGUUCCCCUAUGCCAGAGGAAAUGCGUGUCCCAGCCCCGCCGCACCGGGAAGCCCCUGGUGACUCAGCCAGGCGAGGCAGAGAAGUGGCGCUGGUGUAGAGACGACGCCGAGCCCCAUGUUGGCCUCAGGCUGACCAGAAUGUGUGGCUACUUCCAAAACCCCGGAGGAAAAUGACAGUGACUCAAAAUCAGACGAGAGCGCCGCCGCCUCCACCCGGGGCCACUUUCCUUUUGGUUUCUGAGACCUGCCGUGUCCUUUCUGAGCUUCCUUGUUCUCUGAACCCACCAGACUCAGGCAGAGAAGAUGCAGGCCUGGGGGAGGAAGACCCACAGGCGGCCUCUUCCAGAGCCAGCCUCGGCUGGGCCGCCCCUCUUGGCUCAGACACACAGAGCCCACAGAAGGCCGGUCCUUCUGCUGGCCUGGGGCCUAGCUCCAGCACACUCACCUCACCUCUGCCUCAGUUUCCUUCUCACCAACAGCACCAGUGCAGCACUUGCCCAGGGCGGCCCCUGUGCGGUCUCCCCACGAGCCCAGGUGGCUAUAGGCCCUGCUGGCUGGGGCACCAGCUAACCACCUCCCCAGGCUGCAGGCACCACCCUGAGGCCUGCUCUCCGGUUGGCACCCAGGGCCUACCUCAGGGCUUUUGUCCCCCGCAUGCACGUGCGCACGCUGCCGAUCAUCCAGACAUCUGGCCAGAUGUUGGCACAUGUGGGCGGUGGCGGCCAGAGUCCUCCGCAGUUGGUGGGUCUCGUCAGCCAGGGAGCGGCACAGGACGGCGCUGGCCGCGCACGCCCGCUCCUUCUCGGCCACGGUCCUCCGGAGCAAGAGCACCUCCUUCUCCGGCUCGAGCUGCGGCUGGCUCAUGAGUUGCUGGGUCUCCUUCUCUUUCUCUUGCAGCUGCUCCGUGAGUCUCUCGAUUUCCUAAGUGGGGGGAUUUACAAGACCAGCGUGAUUAAAAGAGGUGACCCCGGGCAGCAGACGCGCGCUGGAGGUCUGCCUUGAAACGCUCGUUAACUCAGCGUGCAGCCUGUGAUGGUCUGCGGACCUUCAGCCACCCCUGUUCUCACGAGUGAGUUCAUCGUUUUAGACUUUACAUCAUCAAACUACUGAGUGUGGCGAUUCCAAACAUUUCUUGAUAGGAAGGGGAGAAGCCCCACUGGAGUGGGUAGCCCCCAAAAGGUAUGUGCCCGUCCUGGCCCCUGGUACUUGGAAAGGGGACGUUUAUUUAGAAGGAGGGUCUCUGCGGAUGUGGCCAGCUGCGAGGACGUCGUUCUGGCUUAGGAUGGACCGUGCCCACAGGCGCCGCAGGGACGGCCGCGGGGGAGACGGGCGGCAGCUGCAGAGAAGCACCUGCAGGCCGGAGAACGCCGAGGGCUUCUGCCACCUGGAGCCUGAGGAGGCAGGCGGGACCGGCCCGGAGCCCCGGAGCCCAGCUCUGGCCACACCAGGGCGCAGGCGUCUGGUCUCCGCUGUGGAAGGUGAAAUCUCUGUUGUUUUAAGCCCGUGCUUCAUGGCCCGUGAUUUCAGUGGUCCUGCCCUUUCUGCCCCCCGCUCUGUCUCUGGGGAAUCCUCUCACCCUCCCGCGCCUCUGGCCUGCGCCCCAGUUCUUGUAUAAAAAUGGAUAAAUCUUUUAAAAAAAUUUUUUUUAAAUAAACAACAAAAGUAGUUUGUCCUCACUAGCAAUUGCUUUAAAGAUAACUAGAUGAAGCUGUUCAACAAAAAGACAGAACGGCA